AUGGAUGAACAGAAGACUCCCGUCGAAACCGCCGUCGAGCCAGAGCCCACCUAUCGACCCUCGGGAUGGAUGUACAAGGACAGGAAGAUCGGCAAAUUCUCCACGAGUUGGUAUGCAUCGCCUCGCAUCCAGUUGGGCAUGGUCGCGUUCGUCUGCUUCCUGUGCCCAGGCAUGUUCAACGCCCUGAGCGGAAUGGGCGGUGGUGGCAAGUCCGACCCCAGCUUGGCUGAUAAAAUGAAUAUCGCCCUGAACAGUACCUUCGCCGUCGUUGGUUUCUUCGCUGGAAGUAUCGUCAACCGCAUGGGAGUUCGACUUUCGCUUUCUUUCGGUGGUGUCGGUUACUGCAUUUACUCCAUCAGUCUUCUCGUCUCCGAGCAUGCUUAUGUCCCCGGUUUCAAUAUCUUCGCCGGCGCCUUCCUCGGUGUGUGCGCCGGUCUGCUCUGGGCCGCCCAGGGAACCAUCAUGAUGUCCUACCCGAUCGAGCAGCAGAAGGGUCGCUACUUCGCCUGGUUCUGGGGUAUUUUCAACGUCGGCGCCUGUAUUGGUAGUUUGAUCCCUCUCGGCCAAAAUAUCCACGUCAAGGAGAACAAGACCGUCGGCGACGGCACCUACAUCGCCUUCAUCAUCCUCAUGUUCGCCGGUGCCGUUCUCGCCCUGUUCAUCUGCGACGCCGACAAGGUCGUCCGUCGCGACGGCUCCCGCGUCAUCCUCAUGAAGCACCCAUCGUGGAAAUCCGAGAUCAUCGGUAUGUGGGAUACCAUCCGCGGCGAGCCCUGGAUCAUCCUGCUAUUCCCCAUGUUCUGGUCCUCCAACUGGUUCUACACAUACCAGCAGAACGCCAUUAACGGCGCGUACUUCAACACCCGCACCAAGGCCCUCAACGGAUUCCUGUACUGGUUUGCUCAGAUCGUUGCUGCUGUGAUCAUGGGUCCGCUGCUUGAUACCGAGCGCAUUCGUCGCUCAGUUCGUGCCAAGAUCGCUCUGGUUACCCUUUUCGUUCUUACCGUCGUUAUCUGGGGAAGUGGAUACGCUUGGCAGAAGAGAUAUACCCGUGAGACUGUGGACCCCAAGACCACUGAUUUCAAGGGCUGGGAUUGGACUACCUCCGGCUAUGUUGGUCCUAUGUUCCUUUACUUCUUCUACGGCAUGUACGAUGCCGCCUGGCAGGGUCUUGUCUACUGGAUCAUGGGUGCCCUCGGUAACUCCGGCCGUAAGCUCGCCAACUUGGCAGGCUUCUACAAGGGUCUUCAAUCCGCCGGUGCGGCCGUGAUGUGGUCCCUGGACGAGCGCAAGAUCCCCUUCAUGAACGAGUACGCCUCGAACUUCGGACUGCUGUGCGGCUCGAUCCUCAUCGCUGUCCCCGUCGUCUUCUUCAAGAUCAAGGACUCCGUUCCCGUCGAGGACGAGCUCGAGGGUACCGGCGAGACCCUCGAGGAUGUCCUGCCCCCCGGAGCUAUUGAGUCCAGACGUUUGGGCGAGGAGAAGAUCUAA